ACUCGAUGAAUCUGAAAACUGACAGCUAUCAGCUGAACCCGUCAUGAAUUAGGCAAAAGUUCAUUGACAGUUGUCGAAUCCACAAAAUCGCCUUCAUUUGGACAAUUUCACAUUCGUAGCGUUGUUUUGAUGGAGAUGGGGGCUGAGGGGGACAUGGACAAGGCCAGCGUGGAGCACCUGUACUGCUGCGGAGCCGUCACAGAGCUGCUCAAGUUUGGACCACGAGAUCUCCGCCGCACCAGCGCCAAGCUCCUGUUCCUCGUCAUCCCAGGUAACCCAGGUGUGGUGGGUUUCUACAAGACCUUCAUGCAGACCCUCUACCAGUCCUUUGGUCGACGGUACCCAGUAUGGGCGGUGAGCCAUGCCGGACACUGCAACCCGCCAGACGCCAUGGACAUGGUGGAAGACUCGUACGUGACAGAGUCCAGGGGUGUGUUUGGCCUCCAGGGCCAGAUUGAUCACAAGCUGUCCUUCCUGCAGCAGCAUGUGCCGAGGGACACACGACUCGUGCUGAUUGGCCACUCCAUCGGCUGCUACAUCAUCCUGGACAUGAUGAGGAAAGACCCUGGCCUGAAGGUGCUGAAGUCUGUGUUGCUGUUCCCUACCAUCGAGCGCAUGGCGGCGACCCCCCAUUUCCGUGUUCCUGGACACGAAUCGAAUGCCAUGUACAUGGGCGGCCAGGAGAUGAGGAUGGUGCUGGAGAGAGACAACGCCACCAUCAGACACAACCUCAACAAGCUUGUCUUCUACUACGGGGCGACUGACCACUGGUGCCCGGUCCAGUAUUACCACGACAUAAAGAAAGACUUUCCUACCGGGGACAUCCGUCUCUGUGAAAGUGGACUCCGGCAUGCGUUUGUUCUGGAUGCUGGGAAACGUAUGGCGGACAUGGUGACAGAAUGGCUCCAGAGUGACUUGAAGGACUUGUAAUAUGUACUAUAUAGUUAUGUAUUAUAGUUAUAUACUGUAUGAAUUAUAGUUAUAAUAUGUGUUAUAUUAUAAUAACAACAUUCAACACUGGUGAAACACUCCUGUUACAGUGUAACUGUACCGUUAAGCACAUUGCAACACACCUGUGUGCAACCUGAUCUCUUGCAUGCACAUUUGAGCUACUUUAUUGAGUCAAAACUGAAGCUGUUAAUUUCACUCAAGUAGCUUAGAGAGUUUUGUAUUACAAUGUGCUGUAUUUCAUGCUGCCUUAAGUACAGUGACACUGGACGAGUGUUGUUAUUUUUUAAUGGGGUUCUAUUUUGUCUUCAGGUUAAAAGUGUGCCACACACAUGUAGACUUGUACGUACAGUAUGUGUGGAGAUGUAGUUCCGUUGCACUGUAUUUCCAUGGGAAUGACUUCUAUGCUUUUGAACGGUUUGACUGGAACAAGAACAACCUCGUUCAUUCAGCACAUGCUGUUUUUUUAACUCCUGUGUUAUGUUUCUCAUCGAUAGGAGGGCUGGUCCACACAUGCUGCAAACUGACUGUUUACUGUAUUGUUUGCCAUAGUAGAUUAAGGAGGUUGUGGUUCCUCCCGGGACUUUAAUUUUACAACCAGCAGCCAAUGCAACACAGUAAGCCUCUUAGGCUUGGAGUUAAAACCUUCAUUAAUUAUAAAUUAUGAGCGUCAAAGAUCUAACAGUCAUCAAUUCCAGCUCUUCUGACAGGUUUAAAUGUGGUUUAAUGACCGUUUACAUGGUAAUUUGGCUGAAAUGUUCUCCCUCUCUUUUUUUCAUUCUUUUAUGUUUUCCAAUACUUGGAUUUGCUCAGAAAAAAAACCCUGAGAAACCCAUGGAAAUUUGAUAAUUGUAUGAAAGGCACACUGUGUGGUUUUGAACACAGCUUGACACAAGUCAUUUCCUUUAGGGUUAAAAUGGUGGUCACCAUUUACAACCUGUGGCCUUCGCGUGAACCCCUACCCUCAGCUCUGUUGGUAAAAAAUACAUUUCCAGCCUUUUUACGGGCAUAUAAAUUGAGAAAGGGUCUCAUAUUAAAGCUAGCUGUGUGUGUGUCUUGGAAGUGAUGAUGGAUUCUGACUGCCAAAUUUACUUAAACCCUGAACGGUUCCUUUUCUUUGUUUAAAAAUCAUUAUAAAUGAGCAGCAUUUGUGUAUGUAUAUGUUGUAAGUCCUUCCUGGUUAAAAAAAGCCCUUCCAAGUAAUUUAUGUUGUCAUGGACCAAUGUAAUAAAUUAAGUUCAAAAAUGUUAAGUCA